AGAGGAAAUAAAUAGCAGUGGACCGCCUUAACCGAGUUAUUAAUUAAAAGGUUUCAGAAGACGGGUCUGUCUGUGGGGUCCAGGACAAUGAAACGGAUAAUUAUCGGGAUUGGCGGUGUUACCAAUGGUGGAAAGACGACUCUGACGAAAAGGCUAGUUGGUAACUUGCCUAAUUGUUGUGUGGUUCACCAGGAUGACUUUUAUAAGCCACCAGAUGAGAUAGAAGUUGGUGACGAUGGCUUUAAACAAUGGGAUGUGAUCACGGCCAUAGACAUGGAGGCCCUGGUGAAUACAGUAACAGCCUGGGUUGAAAAUCCGGUGAAGUUUGCUCGUUCUCACGGAAGAUCCCUUUCAGCUUCUUCUAACUCUGAUGUUCAGAUACUGAUUCUGGAAGGAUUCUUGAUUUAUAACCACAAGUUGUUAGCAAGCAUGUGCACUGAACGCUACUACUUAACCAUUCCAUAUGAUGAGUGCAAGAGGAGACGCAGUGGCCGCAACUACACUGUUCCAGACCCACCAGGGCUGUUUGAUGGUCAUGUUUGGCCAAUGUAUUUAAAACACAGAUGUGAAAUGGAAGAAAGUGGUGUAAGCAUUGCAUCUAUAGAUGGUCUUCUGUCAAAGGAUGAAAUAUUCAGCAGAGUGUAUACAGAUAUACUGAACAGAUUUUUAAACACUUCCUAACCGGAAGAAGUUUACACCAUCGGUCUUCUAGAAAUCUGGAAUGAUUGUGACGUGGCCUACUGGAGAGCUUAUUUUGUACAUAGGUUUUUUUUAAGUUAUUUGCAUUCUGUUAACUUUUACAUGUUCAAAUAUUUUUAUACCAAAGUGUGACAUUCCCAGUACCUUGUUCUGAAAAGAUACUGUGUUUUAUACUGUCAAACAAUUCUGCUGUACAACUGUUUGUCUUUUUGGCUUAUACCUGUGUUUCGGCUAAGGUCUCUGCCCUUUUUUCCACUCUGUAUAAAUCGUCUUGCAACACAAACUGGUGCUGUUAUAAUUUUUGAUAAAACAACAAAUGUUAAAAUAAAA